GGGUGGGAUCUCCAGCCUCCCCCCUCCCCUCUCUCGCUCGCUCGCUCGCUCGCUCCCGCUCUCUCUCUCUCUCCUUCUGGAUCGUGCCGCUCGUUCUCGAUGAUCGCUAAGAAGCCUCGGCAGCUCGCUGGUCGCCAAUCGCACUGGAUCUCCGCGUCCGUCCGCGUGCCCGCUGGAGCUCGUCACCGAGGAUCAAUGCGGAGAGCGCAGGAUCAUGCCCAGCAGCGCCGGAAAGAGGUUCAAACCCACCAAGUACAUCCCGGUGUCCACGGCCGCCACGCUGCUCGUCGGCUCCACCACACUGUUCUUCGUCUUCACGUGCCCCUGGUUGACGCAGGCCAUCUCCCCCGCCAUCCCCCUCUACAAUGGACUCGUCUUUCUCUUUGUGUUGGCCAACUUCAGCAUGGCUACCUUCAUGGACCCCGGCAUGUUCCCCAGAGCCGAUGAGGACGAGGACAAGGACGACGACUUCCGCGCACCCCUCUACAAGAACGUCGAGAUCAAGGGCAUCCAGGUGCGCAUGAAGUGGUGCGCCACCUGCCACUUCUACAGACCACCGCGCUGCUCCCACUGCAGUGUGUGUGACAACUGUGUGGAGGACUUCGACCACCACUGCCCCUGGGUGAACAACUGCAUCGGGAGGCGCAACUACCGCUACUUCUUCCUGUUCCUGCUCUCUCUCAGCGCCCACAUGGUGGGCGUUUUCUCCUUCGGCCUGCUCUUCGUGCUCCACCAUGUGGAGCGGCUGGGCGCCCUGCACACCACCGUCACUUUGGUGGUGAUGUGCAUCGCAGGCCUUUUCUUCAUUCCUGUCGUGGGGCUCACCGGGUUCCACAUGGUCCUGGUAGCACGAGGGCGCACCACCAACGAGCAGGUGACCGGGAAGUUCCGCGGGGGGGUCAACCCUUUCACGCGCGGUUGCUGUGGCAACGUCGAAUACGUCCUAUGCAGCCCCCUGGCUCCUAGGUACUUUGUGGACCCCAGCAGGAAGAUGCCAGUCGCCAUCCAGCCCCCGUUCCUGCGGCCAGAGCUCUCGGACAGACAGGUCACCAUCAAGAUCAGUGACAACGGGAUCCAGGGCAGCAUCCUGAGAAGCAAAUCCAAAGGCAGCCUGGACAUGCUGGACGACAAGCAGCUGGACACGCAGCCCCCUCUGCCCCCCAAAGCGGACAAGUACAAGGAGCUGAAGAGCCCGCUGACCUCCAGCGAAGAGGGCUCCCUGUCCAGCAAGCCCCUGCACCCCUCCACCCCGGCCAUGUACAAGUACCGACCCUCGUUCGGCACCAUGCCCAAGGUGCACUACCACGCAGGCGGCGAGAAGAUUUCCCUGCAGGAUGAGCGGCACCCCGGGGCCAUCGUGGAGGAGGGCGGCCGGGCUCACGACUAUCGUUCCGAGCCCAACCUGGACCUGCCGGACUACAGGAACCCGCCGCUCCACCGCAGCUUCCAGUCCUCGCCGCUGCAGCUGGACUCGAUUGACACGAGCUCCCGCUCGUUGAGCCUGAGGCAGGCGCUCCGGCACGGGGACGAGGUCCCGGCUCACGCCGUCCCGCCCGGGAGCGCGACGUCCGCCCCCCAUCGUGGCGUCUUCUCCGCCGGAACGCUGUCCAAUCGCAACGGCAGCCUCUCCUACGACAGCCUGCUGAGCCCCGGCGUGGCCCUCAUGUCCGACGAGUGCCCGAACCACCCCGGGGUCCAUGUGGGGGGCCACCUCUCGCCCCACCUCCCCCCCAGAGCAGGCCACGCCCGGGCAACGGAACUGCAGCGCCAGCCCCCGCCUCCCUACAGCCCUGUCCUCGGGGGAGGGGCGGGGCACGCGGGCCGCCACUCGCCGCACCCCAGGGACCCGUCCCCGGUGCGCUACGACAACCUCUCCAAAACCAUCAUGGCCUCGAUCCAGGAGCGCAAGGAGAUGGAGGAGAGGGAGAAGCUGCUCCAUGUUCGCGGACGCCCAUCGCGGGGGGGGUUUGACGGCGCCGGCGCCCACAGCCUGCCCCCAGCCGCCUGCUACCCCGAGGGCCGGGGCUCCCGCGGUCCCACGCCCCCCACCUACGGUUCCCGGGACAACCUAGUGGGCGGCGGGACGUCGCGCACCUUGGUCUCCUCCUCCUCCUCCUCGCUGAGCCACGCGCCCAGGACUUCGAGCAGCUCGCUCCACACCGAGGCGUCUGGUAGUGGCGUGCAGGGCAGAGCCGCCGACACCCCCUACCGCUCGCCCGCGCGCCAGCCGCACCACUCCCCGUCCAGCCUGGCCCGCUCCCCCUCUUACGCCCGCCACAACCCCCUGCCCUUCAUCGGUGCCCUGGAGCGCACAGGCUCGCCCUCUCUGGGAGGCCCCAGCUGCAGAGAGGAGAUCCAUGGGAAGGUGAAUCAUGGUAAAGUUAACGGGCAGCCCAAAGAGCAGUCGCGGGUUGACUGCCGUCUGGGACCGACACCCCCCGGCCAAGGUGUGCCGCUGAGCCCCGGCCGCCACACGAAUGUUAAAAAGGUGUCGGGUGUUGGCGGCACCACCUACGAGAUCUCUGUGUGAGGGGAGGUCCCCCGCCCCCACCCCCACCCGAGGCAUAGCAACCUGCCAGAGCGAGGCUCAUCUCCUCUCCUUCUUGGACAAACCUGGGGGGCCUUCCGGGAAUCUGCUGUCCGACGAGACGGCUUCUGCUCUCACAGUCGGGGCUCGGUCGCAGUUGCCAGCUUGCGAGCGGACAUCAUGGGACGCGGUUCACCCGUCCGCUCCGAACAACGGAGUCUAAACCCAAGAUGGCUUUUCGUUUCACCGCGUUCGUUUGUUACCGUUGUUUGCUCUUCCCGUGGUUUGUCCCGCCGCUCAGUCACGAGUGUCGGUGUGUCGCGGCGACACUUCUUUGGAACAGCUGUCAUUCUUGCGAUCGCAGCCCCUCAUGGGACGCGGUGGGCAGCCCUGGGUUUCGAACCGCAUGCGGUCAACAGUGACCGCGGGAGGCCAGUAAGCGAAGGGAAUCGGCUGCUCUGCUGCUGGUGACUGACUUGCAGCGAAAUCUGACGCGGUGGUCCUAUGGGGUCAGGAGACCUUUGUCCAGUGCCUGGUCUGCAGCACAGAGACAGCUCUUUGAAAAGUCUCCCCGUGUCUCCCAGCUGUGGACGUGUCCACUCUCUCCAUGCGAUUAUUUCCUUGUGUUUUUGUUUGCGGUCAACGGCCGUCUGGACAACCACGACGACCCCGUCUCUUCUUGAACCGAUCACACACCCUGUGUCCCGAGUUGAAGCUGAAGCAGCGUCCUGCAGGGGAACGGUUAGCGUGCGGACGUGCACGUGGACGCCGAAGAUCUGGACGCGGUCAGCCGAGCACCCCCUUCAGCCCAAGCGUGCUGAAAACCGCAGGACAUCGUGCGUAAACGUGACCGUAACAGUUUCCGUCAGGCUCAGGGCAUCGCUACCGCACCAAGACGUCACCAGACGAGCGUCACAGAAGUUCACCUGUUGACUCUUUUCGCCGCGUUUCCGGUCCGGCGUUGGAGGCACUCCGGCUUUUCGGGCCGCUGCCAUUUGAAUCCAUAAACGACAGCAGACGCUUAAUGCCGACGCUAACCUCGGAGGGUGUGGAAAACAGCCACGUGCGGCGAGCGAGAGGCCCGUGACAAUGCUGGAAUUGGUGCUAUUCAAUGCAGACCUUUUUUGAAAAGCUGUGGGGAAGCCCCGCCCCCACAACCCCGCACCCGUCUCGCGUUCAGGACGAGAGCGUUGGCGUGACCCCCCGACACAAGACCACGCUCCACGUAGGAGGUGCCCUGGAUGUGAUGUGGACCGAGCCCCGCGUGACGCCACUGAUGUCGGCUGGAUCCUUCGUGGCGAACAGAGCGGCGCUCGGGGGCCCUCCGCGCUCUUGGACCCUUUCGGUUCCCACAAGAGCAUCAAGAGCGGCGAGUCCGUUGGAGCAGUGACGCCGCUGACCCCAAGCAGGCCUCGUGCGGUGGUCCGUGGUCAGUGCGGUCGGUGGCUCUUCUCCAGCCGUCGCUCCGGAAAGAAAUGCGUGGGCGCUGCUGUACCACGUUUGUUUACUUCGAGAACAAACAAGGCGCAGGCACACGAACUUGACACCUUUCCUUCUACGAAGAGAAGCAAUGCCGAGGAAGACUGAUUUAUUUCACAGACACGUAUCCCAUAGCGACGUAACAAACGAAAACGCGAAGCUCGGUCCUUUCUUUUUUUUUUUCUUUCACUUUUUAUACCCGCUGUUUCAGUCCUUUGAUACAUCUUGCUUUUUAUACAGAAAUUGUCAGGGAGUGGAUUUUUUUUUUUUUUGGGUCUGUUUUUAAUUUAAGUAUAAUAAAUUAAUGCAUUUCUGAAAUUAGUUUUGGGUUACUGUUGUUACGGGGAGUAAGUCCAUGUUGACGUUCCAGUGUUUUCGCAGCGAGGAAGUGGCUGAGGGAGUUUGAGGACCUACGGGACGUGGUGCAGUGCCAAAGGACACUCUGAAAGAGUGCUGCAAGAGUGUGUGUGCAUGUGUGAAUCCCAUUCUCGCACAGGACAACCCUUGAGCAGCUGUCUGGUACAGCUCGUGUUGAACGCUGCGUCAUGCUGGUCUUUCUGGAAACAACGUGGGUCUUUUUUUAAUUGUCUUUCGAAGAAGAUAUAGUUUUAUUAAAG